AUGUCACGGAGGGAUGACAACCUUCCUAGGGGCGCCCGAUGGACAUGUGCAAAGGUGUCAUUCAAAAGUGCCAAUGAACUUGAUAAUGCUGAGAUUACAUAUUCACCUUUUUUGUUAACGGCCGAGGAGAGGAACGCGUCUUACAUGACGGGCAUCGACAGAGAUUUAUCAUCGAAUGUUCAAUACAUUCACCGUGAUCAGUGGGUGAGCAACUGUCAACCAUUGUCGGCCACAAAGCAUGGACGGGGGUUAAAGACAAUGCGACUCUCAAAGAAGGCUCAUUCUGCAAACAAUCCGGAUAUUUCUGAAGAAGAUGAACAUAUUCCGCCAGCAAAAAGAAGAGCGCAUGUUGUACCGGAAAGACCACAUUCAGUUGCAUUUGAAAGAGCAACUGGAUCAUGUACCAGAGUUGACGAGACGAAGAUUGAAGAUGUUGUAUCCAAAAAAAUUGAAGAGGCUUUUGCUAGGAUGUUCCCUAGGUUUGUUGACGCGGCAGUUACCGAGGUGAUUAAACGAUUGGAUGAUUAUCUAAUCGUUCGAAGUACGGCCCGUCCCGGAUCUGAGGAUUUGGAGACCGUGAAGGAUGAUUUGGGGCAGGAUGAUUUGGGGAAGGGAGAAGAAUGGAGGCAAGAUAGAGACGAUUAG